CUGAACACUCGUUCGAGACGCUCGUUCUCGAGCUAGUUCCCUCAGAUACGCUGCUGGUUUACGGCGAGCCGUAACACGACACGUUUGGAGGGACCGCCGUUUGACCGCGUGUAACCCGUGCUCAGUGAACACUGGAUUUUGUGCUACUAGUGCUUGUGACUAUGAUGUGCUGAUUAGACUGGUGUAAGAAACUCUUGGGAUUUAGCCGGCGCUGCCAGUUCCGGACCAGCUCAGCCGACAAUCGUGAUGAAAGUAGUAAGUCUUCAACUCCCUUCUGGGCCCAGCAUGGAGCGGUUGCCGCUGCCAUUUAGCCCCACGGAGCUGCUGUGGCGCUACCCGCUGCCGUGGGCGCCGCCGCCGCCCUCGCCCCUCGGCGACUCCAAGGCACAACUGCCGGCCGGCCUCCCCGCCGAGCCCAGGCUAUGGAGCAGGGAAGAUGUCGCCAUAUUCCUCAAGUGGUGCGAAAGGGAAUUCGACCUGCCCAACUUCGACAUGGAUCUUUUCCAAAUGAAUGGUAAGGCAUUGUGCCUGCUAACCAAAACAGACUUGGGUGAGCGUUGCCCGGGCGCGGGAGAUGUUCUUCACAACGUUAUUCAAAUGUUGGUGCGUGACGCAGCCAUCCUGGGCCGCAUGCCCUCGUCGCCCGUGACGCCGACGGCCCGCGCCGCGCCCUACCCGCCCUCGCCGCACUCACACCCGCCCACCCCCACGUGGGCCGUCGACGGCUUCCACCACUUCCACAGCGCCGCCGCCGCCGCCGCGCAACCCAACUCCGUCACCUUGAGCCCGGCACCCUCAGUCGACAGCUCCGGAAGCCCACAGAGGGGCGACACCAACGGCUACGCGUCAGUCUACGCUCAAGCUAGUCAGCCACCUACACAGAACAGCUCCGGAAGCAAUCACUCGGAUUCCGAUGAAGACAACCAUCUGCAACCACCCUCACCGAAAGAUGCGCCACUCUCGAGUCCGGCGCCGAUGACCCACGCGUCUCAGCAGUCAUCACACUAUCGUGUUCAGCAUAGAGAAUUCUUCCCCAACGACAUGCCGGAAUCAAAUACAAAUGGAAGACUUCUGUGGGAUUUCCUACAGCAGCUACUGAACGACCCGGGCCAGCGGUACACGAGCUACAUCGCGUGGAAGAACCGCGACACCGGCGUGUUCAAGAUCGUGGACCCGGCGGGGCUCGCCAAGCUGUGGGGCAUCCAGAAGAACCACCUGUCCAUGAACUACGACAAGAUGUCGCGCGCCCUGCGCUACUACUACCGCGUCAACAUCCUGCGGAAGGUGCAAGGCGAACGACACUGUUACCAGUUCCUAAGAAACCCGACAGAACUGAAGAACAUCAAGAACAUCUCCCUGCUGAGGCAACAAAUGAGCCCGACCCGGGUGCCGCCGCAGCAGCAGGUGGUGGCCAUCAAGACGGAGGUGAAGGUGGAGCACUGCGAGGAGGAGCAGGCGGACGAGGACAUGCCCACGGACCUGAGCAUGGCGGCGGCCGAGCCGUGGCGCAAGCGCGCGCGGGCCGACCACCCCGCGCACCCCGCGCCCGCCCUCGACAAGCACCGCAUCAGCGCACUUAUCGCUGACAACAUGAUGCAGCGGCGCGACCGCGAGACCGACUACUCCAUCGAAAACUACGGCCUCAAUCUCAAAAGUGAAAAGUGUGAACAAUGAUUCUCGAAUCAAACAAUGAUGGACGCUCAGCUAUGCGCCACCGUGAUGUGAUUGUGAACUGCUCGCUGGAGCAAUCGACUCCUCCCGCUAAUCCUAGUCAAAUAUCUCUCACGAGUUUUCUGUCUUCCUUGUAACUGUAAAACAAUAUUUGUUGAGAUUAUUGCCUACUGUUAAGUUUAUUUUGCUUCUAAAUAUUGUGUUUAGUGAGAGAACUUUGACAGUUUUAUCUGGGUUUCCGGAGUUGAGAACAGGGUAUGGACCUAAAAUUAUUAAAACUGUUGCCUUUGUGCCAAGUGAUUAAAUGCUUGAUAGUGUCAAAUUCCUUUACGAGUAGUUAGAUAAAAGGACAAGUUUAUAUGUGUUGAUUUAUAGAGACUGUUUUAAUAUUUCGUGCAAUGGAUCGCCACUGCGUUUGGACAACCAGUCGCGAGUACAUUGUUGCCAGAAGUCAUUGACGUUACUGUAGCUUAUUUGAUAAUGAGUGCGUCCUCGUGAAUAGAUGCAUUUUAUGUAAUUUAAUUUAGUUUACGAUCAUUUUUGUUUAUAGAUUGCUGAAAAGAAGACCUGCAAAAAUUAUAAUCACCUAAGUCAACUAGAAAUUUGAUAAUUAUGUUUAUAAUACCAAUAUUGUCUUCCAUUGAUUCUUUUUGGCAAUGUUUUCCAAUUGUAGCAUGAAAUCUAUUAAGUUUUCGCAAAGCCACAAUUUUCGGCAGCUUGAGGUUUAAGGGUAAUAAGAAACUGGUUUGUGGUAAUAAUGCAAAGGUAUCUUGAGACAAUAACAAAUAUCAAACACUUGACAAAAUCAUCCACUGUGAUAAAAAUGUAAAGUGGUAGACUAAUAGAGAGUAUGCUAGGGUUUUUACACAAGAUUUCCAGCUACAAUUUUCUGUGAUCUCUCUUAUCGUUAUAGAUAAAUUACAUAAAGAAUAAAAGUAUCAUGUUGUAAAUAUAGUUAAGAUAGGUAGUAAUAAGCAACUGACUGUAAAGAGAGUGUAUUUGAUUUGUAAAACAAAAUGUGAGCUUUAUUGAACCUAGUAUGAUAAGUACUAAGAGCUGAGUUUGUAUUUUUACAGUUAUUUCUAUUUUGGCGUAUGAAAACCAUAUUUCCAAUUUGUUAAAUACAAAUAAAAAUGGUUUUUCAUAUAAAAAGAUUGUGUCGGAUCUAUUAUAACCUAAAAAUAAAGAAGAGAAUGUUAUGUAAA